CAGUUGUCCUGUGGGCUCAGGGGUGAAGACAGGGGUCUCAACUGAGCUCUGUCCUGAUGACAAUGGAGAGCUGCCUGCACGUCUUCUCUCUCGCUGUCCUGGUGCUGCACAGCUCAGCCAGCAGUGCUGAUGUGAGGCUGGUGAACGGUGCCAGUCCCUGUGCUGGGAGAGUGGAGAUUUAUCAUGAGGGACAGUGGGGGACAGUGUGUGACGAUAGCUGGGAUCUCAAAGAUGCUGCAGUGGUGUGCAGACAGCUGGGCUGUGGUUCUGCUCUUUCAGCACCAGGAGAUGCUCACUUUGGACCAGGAGGUGAACCAAUUUGGCUGGAUGAUGUUUCCUGCACUGGGCAGGAGUCAGCACUCAGGGACUGUAGAUCACCUGGGUGGAGAGUGGAAAAUUGUGGCCAUCACGAGGAUGCCGGUGUGCUCUGCUCUGCUCAUCGAGGGGUCAGACUGGUUGGCGGCAGUGAUCUCUGCUCUGGGAGACUGGAAGUGCAGCACAGAGAGACCUGGGGCUCAGUGUGUGACUCUGACUUCGGCUGGCAGGAUGCAGAAGUUGUCUGUAGGGAGCUGGACUGUGGGGUUCCCUCACAGGUGCUGAAGGGGGCUCAUUUCGGGAAGGGAGAGGGACAGGUCUGGACAGAGGAGCUCCAGUGCCAGGGAAGUGAAUCUCACCUGUCCUUCUGUCCAAAGUCCUCCACAAAGACACAGAGCUGCACCCAUGAGAACGAUGUGGGACUGGAGUGUUUUGGAUACACAGAGUUCAGGCUGGUGAACGGCUCUGACUCCUGCUCUGGCCGAGUGGAGUUACAGUGGCUCUUCGGGGACUGGGGGACAGUGUGUGAUCUCUACUGGGACCUGAGAGACGCCAGGGCUCUCUGCCAGCAGCUGGGGUGUGGGGAGGCUGUAGCAGCACCAGGACAGGCCUGGUUUGGACAGGGCAGUGGACCAGUAAGAGCUGAUGUGUUUGAGUGCAGGGGGAACGAGAGCCGCUUCCCUUCUUCAGCUGUACCCCCUUCCAAAACACCAGAUCAGCUGUCUCUCAGGCUUGUUGGUGCAGGAGGCGACUGUGCUGGGAGGCUGGAGGUUUAUCACAAUGGCUCCUGGGGGACAGUCUGUGAUGACUCCUGGGACCUGGCAGACUCCCAGGUGGUGUGCAGACAGCUCCAGUGUGGGACGGCCCUCAGUGCCCCAGUGCCGGCCUCCUUCAGCCAGGGAACUGGACCCAUCUGGCUGGACGAGUUGGGUUGUCUGGGGAAUGAGUCGUCCUUGGGGGAGUGUCCCUCAGCAGGGUGGGGACAGCAUGAUUGUGGACACAAGGAGGAUGUGAGAAUCCUGUGUUCCGUCCCACUGGCUCUGCGCCUGGCUGGAGGCACUAACUGCUCUGGCCGGGUGGAGCUGCGGUACGAGGGCUCCUGGGGGACAGUCUGUGACGACUCCUGGGACCUGCAGGAUGCCCAGGUGGUCUGCAGACAGCUGGGCUGUGGGGACGCAGUGAGUGCAGCAAUAGAGGCCUCAUUCGGACCAGGAAACGGCACCAUCUGGCUGGACAAGGUGAACUGCACAGGCAGUGAACUUCACCUGUGGGACUGCUGUCACUCUGGACUGAAUCAGACCGACUGUCAGCACAAGGAGGAUGCAGGGGUUACCUGUACAGGGUGA